CAAGUCCUACAUGCUCAAGGAGGUUCUGCCUGCUGUGGCCAACACCUACUACAGCAGCGGCGGCAGUGGCCGGCAGCACGCUGGCACGGUGCUUUCAGAGCCCAACUUCCUGCACGUGAACUGCUUGGGCUGUGAUCGCAGCAGAGGUGUCAGUGGCUUCCUUAAGGAAUUCCUCGCUGUACUCAAGCGGAGCGCCGCCAAACAGCAGCUCUCUGCUGCCGCCAGCACGCCUGCACCCCGCGGCAACUCGGCUGUCACCGCAGCGGGCGCCAUUCAGGACUUCAUGGAGCGCCUGCCACGGGACCGCCUGAACUUCCUGCUGAUUGACGAGGCGCAGAGUUUUUACCUGCUUGAGCGGGCUAUGCCCGGCAAAAAGUCGCCCGGCAAAAGUCCGCGGCGAAAAGUCGCUGUCCGCGGCUCAACACUGGACGAGGAUGCAGUGCGGCACAUGCGGCGCAUCUUCAAGGAACUCCUGCUGGACAGCCCCCACUGGGUCGCCUGGGCCGUCACGGGCAGUUCCAUGGCGACGCUAUGGGCCAACGUUGCAGUCACCCCGGAGUAUCUGCACUGCAUUCAACAUCAGGAAAGCAUCGUGGCUCUGCUGGGUUAA